AUGGCAACUUUCGUGGGAAACAAUAUCUGUGCGUACUGUCAUAAGUUCUUCAUUUUCUUGGAUCGGCAUUAUUGCCGUGAAAAACAUUCCAGGGACUUCAAGGCAUCGUUGAACACCCAGCGGCCAGCGUCUAGCGCGGCGGCGCUCGUCAUUCACGAUACAAACAAGGUGGGCCUCGCUGAUAUGCCACAUUCAGCAGAGGAUCCAUCCAAGGAUUUCUGCCAACACGGGCAGCCAGCAGCUUCCGAUACUGGCUCGCUGGACAUGGGCCAGUCCUGCCUCGAGAACUUGGAGUUGGUGUUGCCUUCGACACAAGAGGCCGACUCUGUGAAACAGCCGUUCAACAUCCAGGUGGAAACCUUCCUUGCAUCCGUACUUUCCGCAAACAAUCUUUCAAAGUUCUUGACCCUGUUUCGGGGUGGUGAUGCAUAUCUGCCUUCCGGGACGAAUGAGAGAGAAGUUUUUAAAAACAUCCAGACACACAGCAGGGCAGCAGAGGCGUUUAUGCAUGUCGACAUUUCGAGACAGGUCGGACUGGACAAGGAGCUAAGUGUUGCCGUACACAAGGAUCCCAUCGGCUUGGUGAAGCGCAUGCUGGAACUCCCUGACGGCAACGCGGUGUUGAAGCCAACUGUCGUCAUGGACGACGAUGGACAACAACGAGUAUAUAAUGAGAUGUGGACGGCAGACAAGUGGAUAUCCGACCAGGUGACGUGGGCAAAGAAGUCGCCCAUCGUGUACAUCAUGCUGUGGUCUGACAAGAUGAAUUAUGACAAGGCGGGACGCCAGACUGGUCACCCGAUUACUAUUUCCCUAGGUGAGAGCAAGGACAGCGAGUCGUUCAGGACCCUGAAGCGCAAAGUGCUGCAGGUUGCCCUGGAGCAAGUGCUGAAGCCUUUCAAGCAAGCUAGUUACGAGUAA